AUGUUAGGGCCGUUUUCCAUAUCGUCCGCUUUCUCCUUAUUGUUACUCGGAACCAUCUCUGGCAGAUAUCUGGUAGCAGCACAAAUUUUGAAGACGUCAGGUUUCCGCGAAUGUCUGACGGCGUCGAAUAUCACCGUUCAAGGCUUGGACAUCGAAUAUAACAACGAUGAGAAAUCAAUCACCUUCAAUGUCAUGGGAACGUCUUUAAGGACCAUCAAUGUUACCGCGAGCUUAAAUGUUACUGCCUAUGGCAAGAAGGUCUACCAAAACACGUUUAAUCCAUGCGACGCAGCUACCUACGUGAAUCAACUCUGCCCUGUACCUUCCGGAUCAUUCUCAGCGACCGGCACUCAAACAGUUCCAGCGUCGUACGCGGAUAUGAUUCCCUCAAUCGCUUUCAGCAUUCCGGACAUUGCAGCAGAGGCGACAUUGGAGCUCAUAGCUCUCGACACCGGGGACAGUGUGGCUUGCAUAACUUCGGAUGUCAACAAUGGCAAAACUGCUCACGUCGCUGCGGUAUCGUACAUUGCGGCUGGUAUCGCUGCGGCUGCCCUGCUUGUCACCGGCGCCGCAUCUAUCGGGGCAGCUAUAGGAGGAAGUGCUGCCGGAGCCGGGACAAUGAGCCCUUCGUUUACGGAAGUCUUCACUGUUUUCCAAGGAUUCGCCAUGAAUGGAAUGAUGUCUGCGAACCUCCCUCCGGUAUACAGAAGUUUCACCAAGAAUUUUGGCUUCAGCGUGGGGAUCAUCCCUUGGACGGCUAUGCAAACAUCAAUUGAUAACUUCCGUAACGCUACCGGAGGCAAUUUGACCACUCAGAGCGUUGAGUACCUCCGACGUGCAGACCUCGUUUACGGCGGUAAAUCCUCGUCAGUAUCUAAGAGAGCAGUUGGGCUGUUGGUGGACGGGCUCCUGGUUUCAAGAGACUCACUCUCGACCAACGUCAGCGAUACGCCCUUGUCUCAGUCCUCGAACACCACAUCGAAAGUCCCGGUUAAUGUGGACGGUAUCAAAGCCUACGUCGAAGAGUUGUCCAUUCCUUCGGCCAACACGUUCAUGACAGUUCUCCUGAUCGUAGCUUGCGUUGUGGCUGCAAUUGCUCUCAGUAUCCUGCUCUUCAAGGUCAUUCUGGAAGUAUGGGCACUGUUCGGAAGUUUUCCCAAGAGCUUGACCGGUUUCCGAAAACAUUACUGGGGAACGAUGGCAAGAGCUAUCGUGCAGCUCAUUCUCGUUUUGUAUGGAAUCUGGGUGUUGUACUGCAUCUACCAGUUCACUAGAGGCGAUUCCUGGGCAGCCAAGACGCUCGCUGGGGUUACGUUGGCAAUCUUCACCGGAGUCCUCGCUUUCUUCACAUAUAGGAUCUGGUCCACAGCAAACCAGCUCAAGAAGAUGGAAGGAGAUACCUCUGGCCUCUACGAGAACAAGGAUUUCUGGCUCAAGUACAGCAUCUUCUACGACAACUACAAGAAGGACUUCUGGUGGAUUUUCGUGCCGGCUAUCGUCUAUAUGUUUGCCAAGGGCUGUAUUCUGGCAGCCACCGAUGGCCACGGUCUCGGACAAACAAUCUCCCAGCUUGUUAUCGAGAUGUGCUUGCUUAGUCUGCUCAUCUGGAAUCGCCCUUACGAAAGACGGUCCGGCAAUGUCAUCAACAUCUUCAUCCAGAUCGUACGAGUGCUAUCGAUCAUUUGCAUUCUUGUUUUCGUGGAGGAACUGGGCAUCUCCCAGACUACCCAAACCGUCACUGGUGUCGUUAUGAUUGCGCUGCAGUCGACCCUCACUGCUGCUCUGGCUAUCCUUAUCGCUAUGAACGCCAUCAUCCUAUUUUGCAAGGAGAACCCUCACCGCAAGAGACGCAAGGAAGCUGAAAAACUCAACCAUGAUAUCGACACCCUUACACCCCUCCAUGCGCAUAACUCGCUGCUGAUGGACACCACGAAGGUCUCACGGGACUACGACGCCUACGGAUCAGAUCGGAAGAACAGUAUUGACAUUUUAUUGCACGAGCCUGCCAAUCCUUACCCGGGCGCAACUGUCAUGCGAACAUACACUUCACAUAGCGAACGGCCGUUCACGCCACAGUUCAGUCGUCCCCUUACUCCAAGCGAUCAACGAUCUCUCCACCAAACAAUAACCCGCGAAGACCAAAACCUGGUUGUAGGCGCUGCUCCUUUAGGAGGAAUAGAAGGAAGCCCGCUCCACACGCAGGCGCACCCGCCACCAGGCUACGGCGGAUACAGAGGCAUUGCAUACUAA